UUUGUCCUCUCUUCCCGCCGUAUUACUCAAAGCGGAGUCCAUAUUUACCGCACUACGCAACGGAGACGACGAAGCGUUGAAGAGAAAUGGCGGCGACGUCGAAGGGGAGGCGGGUUUCGUACAUCGCGGUGCCCUCGGAGAUCAGCCGCUCGCUCUCCUCCACCUCGCUUCACAGCCUCCUCCUCCUCUUUUCCCCGACCAAGAAGGCCUCCCAGCCCGGCCACCGGCUCCUCGCCCUUGGUCGCAGCCCAAACUUCCUCUUUUCGGUGCUCUUCUUCUUCGCGCUCGUGGAGAUACUGAGGUCAUGGCACCACCUCGACCCCCUUGUCCCCUGCCCCCACCUCGGCCGCAGCCCUCUCUACUCCCCGGAACUGUCAGAUUCGACGGCGGCGAUGUCGGCGGACGUCGGAGGAGGGGUGGAGGCGCGUGGGGAGUUCUGGCAGCAGCCGGACGGUAUGGGAUACGUUCCCUGUCUCAACUUCAGCGAGCAGUACCUUGCGGAGGGCGUGGCCGCUACGCGGGCCGGACGCCGGAAGAAGUACCUCCUGGUGGUCGUCUCCGGCGGGCUCAACCAGCAGCGGAACCAGAUCGUCGACGCGGUGGUAAUCGCUCGCGUUCUCGGCGCCACGCUCGUCGUGCCCAUCCUCCAGGUCAACGUCAUCUGGGGUGACGAAAGUGAGUUCUCUGACGUGUUCGACCUGGAGCACUUCAAGAGCGUUCUCGCCGACGACGUUAAGGUAGUGUCCUCGCUACCCUCGACUCAUAUCAUGACAAGGCCGGUGCAGGCGAAGGAAACGCCUCUUCAUGUCUCCCCUGCUUGGAUUCGAUCAAGAUACAUGAAGCGACUUAACAGAGAAGGUGUUCUGCUCCUGAGAGGCCUGGAUUCCAGGCUUUCCAAGGACCUCCCACCUGAUCUCCAAAAACUCCGGUGCAAGGUUGCGUUCCAUGCACUGAGGUUCUCGGCUCCAAUCCGAGAACUGGGCAACAAGCUCGCCAUGAGGAUGAGAAGCAAAGGUCCGUACCUCGCACUCCACCUGCGAUUGGAGGAGGAUGUGUGGGUGCGAACCGGUUGCCUUCCUGGUCUCAGCCCCGAACACGACGAGAUCGUUCGAGUGGAGAGGAAGCUCAAGCCGGAGCUCCUCACCGGGAGGUCCAACAUGGCUUACCACGACCGCAAGCUCGCCGGGCUUUGCCCGUUGAACGCCGCAGAAGUCACCAGAUUGCUGAAAGCACUGGAAGCGCCGAGGGACGCGAGGAUAUACUGGGCGGGCGGCGAGCCGUUUGGGGGGCGAGACGCCCUGCUGCCCUUGAUGAGAGAAUUCCCUAACCUGUACAGCAAAGAGAACCUGACACUGCCGGGUGAACUGGGACCGUUCGCUAACAGGUCUUCCCUCCUUGCUGCCAUCGAUGACGUGGUCUGCGAGCAGAGCGACGUGUUCAUGGCUUCGCAUGGCGGAAACAUGGGCCACCUGAUGCGGGGGCAGAGGGCGUACGCCGGGCACAGGAAGUUCAUCACACCGAACAAGCGGCAGAUGCUCCGCCACUUCAUGAACGCCUCCUUGCCGGCGUCGGAACUCAACCGGAUUGUUAAAGAACUGCAUCAGGGAUCGCUGGGCCAGCCGGAGCUGCGUACCCACAAGAUCGACAGGGAUGUCACUGCUUACCCGCUGCCUGAGUGCAUGUGUGAGGUUGGGGCAAGGAUGAGGUCGAUGCUAUAGCGAACCACGGCAAGUGAAUUCGGAUUCGGAGUGAGAACUCGAUCGUGCACAACGACAGGAAGAAAUACGCAUUAAAGAUGGAAGUAUGCAGGAUGGUUUCUGCUCUUAUGUUCAUCACUCUGUUCUUGUCA